CAGCAAGUAAAUAGAGAAAGGAUAUUUCUUCUUUUUUUACCGUAAGAGUAAAUUUCGCACGUGAUAAUCUUUUAAACCCGGCAAUAAACAUCACCUUCUUUUUGAAACCCAGACGGUGUGAAGGGUGAACCUUACGUGUCAGCUCCACCACCAUUUUCAUUUCCGCUCCUUCGCCGUCCGCGCUCCGACCGCCGCCUAUUCCUCAUCACCAUCAUCUGGAAUCAAUGUGGUCAGAUUCCGUUCUUUAUGGCAGAUUCUGAAGAAAAUACUACUACUUCAGUUGAUGGCAAUAUUCUUGUGGCCAUGUGCCUGGCUCGUGCCGGAGUAGACAAGAUGUUUGGAGUUGUGGGCAUCCCUGUUACUUCACUAGCAAACCGGGCCGUGUCCCUUGGAAUCCGGUUCAUCGCCUUCCAUAAUGAGCAGUCUGCAGGCUAUGCUGCCUCAGCAUAUGGUUACCUCACGGGACGGCCGGGUAUUCUUCUUACAGUCUCUGGGCCAGGCUGCGUUCAUGGUUUGGCUGGUCUAUCAAAUGCUGGUGUCAACACUUGGCCCAUGGUUUUGAUUUCGGGCUCAUGUGACCAAAAGGACUUUGGCCGUGGUGACUUCCAGGAGCUUGAUCAAAUCGCUGCAGUUGCACCCUUUUCGAAGUACUCGGUUAAAGCCACUGGCAUUUCAAAAAUCCCCACUUGCGUCUUUGAGGUUCUUGACCAUGCCGGUUCUGGUAGGCCUGGCGGGUGCUAUUUGGACCUUCCUACCGAUGUGCUUCACCAGUGUAUUACUGACAUUGAGGCCCAGAAGUUGAUUGAUGAGGCUGAGCACUGUAGAAAGAAGGAAUUGAUUGAAAAGCCCAUCGUUAAGCAUUCAGAAAUUGAAAAGGCAGUUGCGCUGUUGAGGAAUGCAGAGAGACCUCUGAUUGUUUUUGGCAAGGGAGCUGCAUAUGCUAGAGCAGAGAAUGCACUGCAGAAACUAGUUCAGAGUACUGGGAUUCCAUUUUUACCCACUCCAAUGGGAAAAGGCUUGUUGAGUGACACGCAUGAAUUGUCAGCCACAGCUGCCAGGUCCCUGGCAAUUGGAAGAUGUGAUGUUGCAUUGGUUAUUGGUGCUAGGCUCAAUUGGUUAUUGCAUUUCGGGGAGCCUCCUAAAUGGUCUAAGGAUGUGAAGUUUAUUCUGGUAGAUAUCUGCAAAGAAGAGAUUGAAUUAAGAAAGCCUGUUGUGGGUUUGGUGGGUGAUGCGAAAGAUGUUGUUGAAAAAAUACACAAGGAGAUUAAAGAUGACCCUUUUACUUUAGGAAGAACACACUCUUGGGUUGAGGCUAUAACAAAGAAGGCUAAAGAGAAUGUAGCAAAAAUGGAGCUGCAGUUGGCAAAGGAUGUUGUUCCAUUCAAUUUUACGACGCCUUUGAGGAUUAUUAGGGAUGCAAUUUUGGGUGUAGGUAGUCCUGCUCCCAUUGUGGUAUCGGAGGGAGCAAAUACUAUGGAUGUUGGUCGAGCUGUAUUGGUUCAAACAGAACCAAGGACUAGGUUGGAUGCAGGGACUUGGGGGACCAUGGGAGUUGGUUUAGGAUAUUGCAUCGCGGCUGCUGUUGCCUCUCCUGAUCGGCUUGUGGUGGCUGUAGAAGGGGAUUCUGGAUUUGGCUUCAGUGCGAUGGAGGUUGAGACCUUAGUCAGGUAUCAGCUACCUGUGGUGGUUAUAGUCUUUAACAAUGGCGGUGUGUACGGAGGUGAUCGCAGGAGUUCUGAAGAAAUUGCAGGGCCAUAUAAGGACGAUCCAGCGCCGACUUCCUUUGUACCUGGGGCAGCAUAUCAUGUUGUAAUGGAAGCUUUUGGUGGAAAAGGUUACCUCGUCCAGACACCCGAUGAACUCAAAUCUGCACUUGCUGAAUCUUUUACAGCACGGAAGCCUGCCGUCAUAAAUCUCAUUAUUGAUCCUUAUGCUGGUUCAGAAAGCGGGAGGAUGCAGCACAAAAAUUGAGGCAUUUAUCAUUAACCAUAUACAUCUUUGUGAAUGAAGUUUUAAUCUACCUGUGUUUAUUAUUUUGGCUUUCUGACCUACACAUUGCUUCUGGGUUGCUUCUUUGCUCGAAUAUUAGGUUUUGGGUGGCUUAUGAGCUACUAUUCUGUGUGAAAUGUUGGCCUCGCAGAAGAUAGCAGUCGGUCUCCUAUACAAUUCGAAAUAACUGGUCGACAUAGUGCGGCAUUGGCUGUACGAGAACACUAGUGCUGUCAAUUUGAUGUCGAUAGAUUUCUUCCUGUAAAGAAUCAUUUCCUUUUCUUUUCUUUUUUUCCCUGGAAUAAAUUCAUUUCUUUGGUUUGUCUCAUGCAUCCACUUUCACGUCAAAAACUCAAAAAAUAAGACUAAUAACAAAUUGAGUCAUUCAUUAGCCUGCUUGUGAGCAGCUCAAUCACAAACUCCCGUUUCGGCUCAUUUAAUAGUUGAGAGCCAAAUUCAAAUCCAACUAGGCGGAAUCGUUCCUUGAGCAACCUAAGCCAAACUGUAUGUACCAAAGAGGGCUCCCAAG